UCCGUUGUUUUUUUUGUUUGUGACGGUGGUGUUUUGCUGCUUUUUGUUUGGCUGCAGUGGCGCGUAACGCCGCAGUCAACCCCCAAAACAAAACAGCAAGAUAAUAACGACUACUAUUGGGUCCUGGGACAAACAGGAUGCGCUCGAGUGACCCUGCGCACCUGUUCGCCAACGACAAGUGCCACGGACAGCAAUGAAAUUUCCCGGCCCUCGUGUGUGUGUUUGUGUGUGAAAUUUUCUUGUAAUUUAUGCAAAGCCUAGGUGAAGGCGGAAAAUUCAACUGGUGUUUCUUUUGGGUGGCUUUGUUCCUGCUGGUGGGAACUGGCCACAGCUGAAACUCCCAGCCACAAGCUGGAACAACUGAUAGCCCACUUUUCGCUCAUGGUUUGUGCCAGCCGAUCAUGCUGAUUGUGGACAUGUUGACGCUGGCAUUGGCAAAUGAGCCGAUGUGCGGCGGUGGCAAAAUGAGAUCCAGUGGCAAGGAUAGUCAGGCGGCUGGAGCAGCAGCAGCAGCAUCUAUGGUCAAUACAACUGGCGGUGGACUAGGCCCAAGUCGCGGGCUUUCUGGCCACUUGGCAUGCGAGGCACGCAGCUCACGCGACAAUGUUGCUGCCGUGCAUGACGAACUGCGUCAGCAGUGCCACUCGGCGAUAGUUGCGGUGGAGGCGCGUGCGCGUGCUGAAUACACUGGCAACAACAAGGGCGACAGCAACAACAAUGGCAGCAGCAGCAGCACUAGCUGCAACAUCGACAACUCUGGCGACAACACAGCAGCGGAAGUGGCCACGAAAUGCGAGUACGCGCAACUCGAGCAUGAGAGGCGGAGCGUGAGCGCAGGCGCAUACUUGCAACCACCCAAUGUGACAGUAAGCAGCAGCAGCAGCAGCAACAGCAGCAACAACAAGGGGGGGCGCAGCGCCUGCUCAAUACCUACAAUUGGCAGUGAGCUUUUCAAAGCCAACCUUGUGGCAGCAGCAGCAGCAGCAGCAGUCGUCGCAGCUGAGCAGCAGAGGCAGCAGCUACACAAGUCAGCAAGCAGCAGCAGCAGCCAACCGUCAACGAAUUGUGGCCAAAAGCUGUGCAAAUUGAUUGAGUCCAGUGAAAAAUCAGUGGAAAUCAAUUGCCCCAGUCCUUGUGGCACACGCAACGUGCCUGAAAGUGGCCCAAAGUUCAGCGAAAAGUCGUCGCAAAGCGUUGGCCAAACUGGCGACGAUUUUGGCAGCCACAACGACGACGACAACGAUACCAACAACAACGACAACGACAACAACCACGACGACGACGACGACGACGCGCGACGUACAGAAAAAUUUGUGCAAAAAAUCAGGCAAAGCGCGUUGCCUGCUCGCGAGCCACAUCAUUUUUUUUAUCCCAGUGAAAGUGUUGAGACAGAUGCAGCAGCAGUAGCAGCAGCAUCAAUAGUGACAGCAGCAUCAGCAGCAGCAACAGCAACAGCAGCCUUAAGCUCCAAAAAGGAGCAGCAGCAGGAGGAGCAGCAGGAGGCGGGGCAGGCGCCAUUGUCAUUGCCACACUCACCGCACCCUCCUUGCCCCAACGAUACCCAGCGAGCCCAGCAAACCCACGAACCAACUGCCACCAGCAACUCAUCCUUGACUGGAUGUGGUGGCAUUGAUAAUGUCGCUGGCAUUGCUGCUGUCCGCCCACAAAAAAGUUCCUGGCCUCUGGAUUACGUGAGGAGCAGCAUCCCACAUACAGCAGCAACAUGCAAUGACAACGGCAACCAGUCAAAGCCCAGCGAUUUAAGUGCAUCAUCCGAGGGGAAGCUCAUCGAUUGCGAGUCCUUGGUGGGCAACACAGUGCAAUCAGCAUCACCAACAGCAGCAGCAGCAGCAGCAGCAGAAAUAGCAGCAACUGCAGCAGCAGUAGCAACAAGCUGCAUUGAGCAGGAUCUCAUCGAUUUUGAGCACGACUUGGGCGAGGAUUUUGUGGCCAGUCAGCGCUUAAAGCGACUGCAAUUCAAUUUUCAGGGACGCGUGGCCAGUAGUAGUAACAUUGAUUGUGUAAAGGCAUCCUUGAGACCACAACAACAACAGCAGCAGCAGCAGGAGCAGCAGCAGGAGCAACAAACAAUAAGCAUAACAAAGAAACUACCCCCAGAUACCGAUAGCGAUACCAGCCAACAACCCCAACUCCAAAGCCCCAGCGAAGCACACCAAACCCAAUCCACUCAAGGCGCAGACAAUAAGGCGAUUGCAUCCAUUAUCGCAGACCCAAGUGCAAUUCAAUUAGAUGCGGAUGCCAUUCCAGCAGCACCAUUGCCAAAUGAAAGCGAAACAACAGCCAGCGACAGACAAACAGCUGAAAAUCCCAAGGAGCAACAUUUCCUGCUGAAUACGCACUCCGAGUGGCCAGUGCGCAGGAUCGAGAAGGCGGAGACGGAAACGGAGGCGGAGAGCCAUACCCACAACCACAGCCAGAAUCGGAAUCAGAAUCAGCAUCCGAAUCAGAGCCAGAACCAGAACCAGAAGCAGAACCAGGACCAAGUGGUGAUUGAAAUCGAAACGGAUUGCGAGGAGCACGACGCGUCCAGGGAGGAUUGCUUGAGGCGCUCUGCCUUUGUGCCCGCGCAGUCGAGUUGCAAGGAGACCGGUGACUUUGGCACAUCGCUGAGCGAGUUCGAUGUGCAGCGGUUUGGCGAGUAUCUAAAGGCCGCCCGCCAAUUGCAGUGGCAUCAUCUGAACUCCAGCCGCAGCCGGAAGCAGCCGGAUAUCGGCAGCACCAGCAGUUUCCAGUGCUACGACGAGCUCCUGGCCGAGUUCGUUAGCGAACAGCAACAGGAGUACUUGCUGUACGAGGGCUAUUCCGAUUGCGAUAACAAUUCCAACUCCAACUCCAACUCCAAUUCGAAUUGCGAUAGCCAGGAGGAGUUUGAUUGCGAAAGAGCCGCCUGCCAGUGCCAUGAGUGCCUAGCCAGCCGGGUUGAGAACACGUCCACUUGCGCCAGAGGCAUCGUCAGCGUUACAGCAGCCCAUCUUGAUCGAACCCCAGAACCCACCCACCUGACCAACGGCCACAGGAUGCGCGAGGUGAAUGGUCAGUUGCGCGGCCUGCUCAAGAAGCCAAAUCGACCGCCACCGGCCCGCAAGAAUCGCGUCGUCUUCGAUGAGACGCGCAACGAGUUCUUCGAGGCCGACUACAUAAUCCUGAUCCGCGAGGAUUGCGCCUACGACGAGGAAGACGAGGAGCCAUGCACCUGCGGCGAGCACGAGCUGGUGCGUCUGUGCUGCGAGGAGGGAUGCCAGUGCAACUACGCCGUCAAUCCUGCCGAGGCGGGCGAGGGCAGGACGCCACAGAGCCCCAAAUAUCAGCCGCCAAUUGAGUUCGUCGACGAUGCCGCACUCAGUCCGCCCGACGGCUACAAGGACAGCAGUCUGAAGAACACGCUCGGCGGCGCCCUCAGCGGUCACAUCUUUGGGGCGCAGCACCUGCAGCAGCUGCAGGUCAUCCAGCGGCUGCAGCAGCAGCGCGCCGCAAUGCUGGCCGCCCGCAGUACCACAGGCGGGCAGAUACCGCCCCCGCCCCCGCCCGUCGGCAGUGCCCAGCAGCAGCAGCAGCAGCAGCAACAGCAGCAGCAACAGCAGCAGCAGCAACAGCAACAGUCGCAUCAGCAACCGCAUCAUGGAGCCAUGCAGCAGCAGCAGUCGGAGGAGGACCUGCAGGGCGUUUGCACCGAGUGUGCCGAGUGCGCCGAGUGUGCGGCCAAGCAGCUCCAGGAAGCAGAAUGCAGCUCCCCGCAGUGCCCGGAGGAGCUGACCCCACUGGGAGUGCCCGCCGUGGCCAUUCUGCCGCUGCACACCAGUUCCCCCGAGCGCCGCAUCACCCAGAAGGAGAUCAUCGCCGGCGAGGAGCGGCCCAAAUACGUGCUGCAAUCGCAGUACAAGCCAUCGCCCACAGGAGUGGUGAAAUCUAGAAAGGAUUCGGGCAGUAGCAAGGCCAGUUCCGGAUCCAUCUCCGGCUCCGGCUCCGGCUCCAGUUCCGCCUACGGGACAGCCACCCAAGUCCCGGUCCCCGUUCCAGUUCCAGCCACGGCCAUCAGUAGCCAUCAGUCCUCGAAAAAUAAGCGAUUUGUUGUUGAAACCAUUACUACUAUGACCACAGUGACCGAGCGCCGGAUCAUCCGCGAGGCGCACGAGGAUGCGGCGACCGCUGGAUCCGCUCCUGCACCUGGUACCGCCGCGCCAAUGGUGGCAGCCGCGUCCGCUGGCGGCGCUGAUGCAUUACCGCCCGCCUUGCCGGCCAAGGCGAGUGCUACAGCAGCAGCAGCCGCAGCUGCAGCAGCAGCCGCCGCAACAGCAGCGGCAUCCGCAUCCACAUCCACAUCCGCAUCAGCAUCCGCCUCCGCCUCCGCAUCCGCAUCGGAGCAGCAGCAGUUCGAGGCGCAGAAACCACCACCCAUACCGCCCAAGGAGACCUCACCCACGCAGAUCAGCGGCAUCCUGAAGGGCGGCAAACUAUGGAAGCAGGACUCGAUCUCACAGCAGUCGGAUGAUCAGAACAAUACCACCUCGGAGGACGAGAGUGGUGGCACCAAGCGGUCGGUGAGGUUCGUGACCGAGGAUCAGGCCAAUGCCGGCACCGACAGCGAUGCCCAAUCCCUGGCCGGUGAUCUGGAUGACAGCGAGAACCAGAUCAACGAGCUGAUCCCGAUCAAGAAGCACUCGACGCUCUUCAACAACGCCCUGCGUCCCAAUUCGGCGGUGCGCCAACUCUUCCCGAGCGUCUCAGCUCAUCAGGCACCGGUGCUCACCUCGGAGGCGCUCCGGGCCUUCGAUGAGUCCAAGCGGGCUGGCUGCCUGGUCACCCACCUGCCAGGCAGCUGUGGUGACUCCGACACCUUGCGGAGGAGCAUGGAGCGCAAUAUACUGCGACGAUCGCUGAUUAAGAAAAAGGCUGUCAAAUCGGACAUUUCGCUGGAGGAGCGCAUCAAGCAGCUGACCUGCGACAUCGACGAGGAUCUGGCCGAGGAACUGCAGCGGGCCGUGGACGAGGAUGCUGAAUCUGUGGCCGAACGUGCCGAUGAGUUGGCACAGCGCAACAGUCCCGCCGGCGAGGAGAAUCCCAAUCCGGUGCCUGGUUCUGGACAAGCUCACAAGUUCGUCAAUGGCGAGAAGAGCUUCUCGCCGAGCAGCUCCGUGUCGAGCUCCUCGAGCGGAUCGUCGGCCUACAAGAAGAUCGCAGACAUCUUCAACCGCGACAAGAAGCAGGAGAAGAUCAUGGAGAUGGAGGAGAAUCCCAUAGUUAUCAUACCACAGGAGUGCCGUUGUCCCGCUGCUCCGGACUUGGGCAUGGGCAUCCAGGUGCCGGUGGUCCACACGCAGAUCCACCGCACUCCGCCCCGCCAAACGGAGCCGAAGCGUCAGUUCCUCUCCUCCACUUUGGCCCCGCUGACCGCCUGUGUGGCUGGCAACAAGGACGACCUAUCCUCCUACUACACAUUGGCCGCUGCAGCUGCCGCUCAUCCGCAUGCCCAUGGCCACGCCCACACGCAUGCGCAUGCCGCCCACUACGCCGCCGCCGCUGCGGCAGCCGACUUCAAUAUGGGGCAGCUACUGGGAGCGGCUGCAGCCGCUGCCGCCUCUGGAGAUCCGGCUGCACAGCAUGCGGCUGCCAUGGCGGCACAGGGAUUGGCCCAAGGACUGGCUGCUGCCGGCGGAGGAGUGGGAGCAGGAGGACUUGGUGCUGGAGAGGAUGCUCGCAAGGUGGCGCCCGAUGUGAUUGCCGGCACACCGGGUCAGGAGGUCGCUGGGCGGCAGGAGCAGGACGAACUGGCCGCCUUCGCCCAGGCGGACGCCAAGCGGACCGAGCAGCUCAAGAAGCGCUACACUGGAGCGGGCUCCGAGCCCAGUCAAUCGCAGGCCAGCAGCGACGAUGACGAGCAGAACGACUAUGGGUUCAACAAGCGUCCAUCGGUGCGGGGCAUCAAGCCCAAGUUCAGUUCGACCAACGAGAUCCUGGCCCAGAUGCAGGAGCAGCUGAGCGCGGCGAUACCCACGGUGGUCAAUAGCCAGCCGGUGCAGCAUGCGGUCAAGGGUUAUGCCAUGCCCAACACGCUCAAGCAGAAUCCCUCGCCGCAGAACGUGCCACAGAACUUGCAGCAGCAGCAACAGCAGCAGCAGCAACAGCAGCAACAGCAGCAGCAACAUCAGCAGCAGGCGGUGCAUCAGCAACACCAGCAGCAGUUGCAGCAGCAAAUGGCCGCCGCGCUGCAGAAAACGGAGCAGCGAACGUGGAGCUUCUACAGCGAAACUGGGGAGCAGCAGCGCUUCCCCAUGGACGCGGCUGCCAUACAGCAGACCUACUACCAGACCCUGCCCGCCGGCACCAUGUUCCGCCAGACGAUGAUCCAGCAGGGCGCCACGUCCGCCGGCGGCGCCGAUGAUGCAUCACUCCUGUACGCCGCCGCCGCAGCCGCCCAAAAUUGCCAGAGUGUCACCGCGACGGCAACGGCCACCGCCACCGCCACGGCCAUCGAGCAGAGCAAGCACAGCAGCUACAGCAGCCACUUCGCCAGGAGCCCCACCCGGCGGCCGGAGUCGCCUCCCCCACUGCGCAACUACCACCAGACCAUGGUCCUCAUCCCGUACAACGCGGAGACCUACUCCCAGUUCGCCGCCAGCAGCAGCGGCGAUCCCAAGCUGGCGCACAUCCAGCGCCAGAACAUCCUCGAGUACCAGCAGGUAACCCAGCAGACGAUUCGUGUGCCCAUUGGCUACGCCCUGCCCGGCAUGCAGUUGCAUGUGGUGAGUGGGCGUGGCCAUGCCGCCCACUACGCCCAGCACCAGCAGCAGCAUCAGCAGCAGCAACAGCAGCAGCAGCAGCAACAGCAGCAGCAGCGCCUGAUGCAGGGACACUAUCAAUUCGGACCGGAUGGCGGAAUGCCCGGAUUCAGCGAGCGCGGAGUGCCCGAAGGAGCCGCCGCCGUAUCGCACAGCGAUUGCAACGCCAUGGUUUCGCCAACUUCAGCAGCAGCAGCGGUACAGCAGCAGCAGCAGCAGCAGCAGCAACAGCAGCAGCAGCAGAUGCAGCAGCAGCAACAGAUCGCCGGCGGAGUGGGUGUGGGCGCCCAGGCCCAGGGAUCCGUGUACUAUGCGAUGAACGUAUGACCCGCGCUCGAAUAGUCGCUGCCAGCGGCGGUCAUUGUCGAGCGCCGCCAGUGUCAACUAGUCGAAAUGUCAGCGACUUCAGUGCAUUUGGGUAGCGGCGGCAUGGGCGGCAGAUGAGCGCCCGCCCCGCGAUAUUCCCAAUUCGAAUCCGAGUCCGUGAUUGAGUCCUCGAGUUCCCAUCAGGUCCCAUCCGCUGAUUUCAGUUGCCCCUCAGUUGACCCUAGCGAGCGCUUUUGAAUCAGUUCGAUCUUCCGUGUUUAGCCGGUGUAUCUGUGUUUGAAUUUCAAUCUGUAUCUGUAAGCGUAACCGUAUCUGUUUUUGCGUCAGUAUGAUUAUCAUUAGCCGUGUCCGUAUCCGUGUUGUCAGUAUCUUUGUGUCUGUGAACGUGUGUGUCACAAAUACUCAAGUACGGCUUGUCACUAGGAGCCUUCAAAGCUUUCAAAUCACUUGACUUUCUUCGAUAAAUGCAAGGACAAGACAUUUCAAGGGGUUCCGCACACUGUUCAGCGUUUUUGAGGUGAUUUCAAAGCUCUUGAGGCUUCCAAGGCGCCCACGAUUAUAAUAGAAUUUACAAAGUAAACAUCCAAAGUUGGUGUAAACGAUGCAGCGGCAUCAAAACAAUUUUGAUACUAUGUGCAUCAUGGAAACUGAAACGGCGGCUGCAUCGUUUACAACCGGCUUCACCAACGAAAUCCAAAGUGAGUCACUUCACGUUAUGCAAUGCUCCAAAAAGUACAUUUUAAGUUCAGCCUUGUCGUCGAGGGUUUUUAUUGAAUAGGUAUUAAUAUUUAGUCGAGUGUAGUGAAGAUAGGAUGCAAAUCUAAACCAAAACACAACCAAAUCACAUGAAUUUAUUUCGAGCAUGUACAUGCUGGGUGCUAGUAAUGCAAAAAGAACAACAACAACAACAAAAACACAACAAAACCAAGAAGAGUUAAUUAAGCUAUAAAGGUUAUAUUUAACAAAGUUAAACCUAAAACAAAGAUAUGUAAUAACAUUAUUUUAAAUUCGUUUUUUUUGUUUGCUGUUAGCCAAGGAAACCGAGUUUUGCUCAAUGAAAAGUGCAUUUGAUUUUAAACGCAUCUACACGUAUAUGAAAACCAACAUACAUUAUUAUAUAUCGACAUAUGCGAAUGCUUAACUAAAUUAUACAUAAUUAAUUAUAUUUAAUUCAAUUGAUAUUAUAAAGUAUUUUCAAUGUAGUGCAAUUUGUUGCUAACUCCAAAAGCUCUCUUAGCCAAGAGUAUUAAAUAAAAACAUAGA